AUGGAGAAACCAACGUUGGCAACACAUUUCGAGUCCCAAUUUUGCUGGUUCGACGAUGUCUGCAUUCUCGACAUGGAUCAUUUCGUCAAGAGACUCUCCAGCAUCAAGGAAAAAGGGGUGAGGCCAGAUUUAAUUGGUUCAAUCAUAACACAUUAUGCUUCCAAAUGGCUUCCCGACCUGUCAGACGAUGAUGGUAAAAAAAUGAUUGCAAAUGUGGAGGAGUCCCCCGAGAGUGUCACCACUUCAUGGAUGAAGAAAAGGUUCUUUGUUGAAACUCUUGUGGGAAUUCUUCCUCCUGAGAAGGAAUCCAUUCCUUGCAACUUUUUGUUAAGGCUACUACGAGUUGCUAGCAUGGUUCGCGUUGAGCCUGCUUAUCGUGCUGAGCUUGAAAAGCGCAUUUCAUGGCAACUCGACCAGGCUUCCUUGAGGGAACUGAUGAUACCAUCAUUUAGUCACACUAGUACGACCCUGCUUGAUGUUGAGCUUGUUCAUCGACUGGUGAGGGGGUUCAUGAAUUUGGAUGAAGCCGUAAGAAGUGGAGCUGCCCUUGUUAAAGUCGCGAAACUUGUAGAUUGUUACCUUGCAGAAGCGGCAGUUGAUUCCAAUUUGACAUUCUCUGAAUUUGUUGCUCUUGCUAGCGAGGUUCCAGGUCAUGCUCGUGCCAUGGAUGAUGGAUUGUAUCGUGCCAUUGACACCUACCUCAAAGCACAUCCAGGGGUGUCAAAGAAAGAGAGAAACAGGCUUUGUAAACUAAUUGAUAGCAGAAAACUGUCAUUAGAGGCAUCCCUUCAUGCAGCUCAAAACGAUCGAUUGCCCGUUCGCACUGUAGUUCAAGUGCUAUUUUCAGAGCAAAAUAAGCUCAACAAGCAGAUUCUUGAUUUCAGUGGCUCUUUCAGUGGCAUACUUAGUCCAAACACCGCGCUAGACGCCCCAGCCCGGUGCUUGUCAAAGCGCGAAAUAAACGUGCAACAGAUGGAAAUAAAGAGGUUGAAAGAAGAUGUUCUAAGGCUACAGAGCCAUUGCAUGGCACUGGAAGGAAAGAUUGAUAAGCUAACGGAGAAAAAGAAAGGAUUUCUCGUUUGGAAGAAGUUUGGAAUUCCAACACUUAGGGGAAACAAGAAUGAAGAUGUUGAAAGAGAAGCCGAGGUCGCAAUAGGGCUAAAAACUCCGUUGCAGAUGAAAACAAGGCUCGUAAAAACUAGAACUCCGAACAAAUGGAGGAAAUCAUUGUCGUGA